AUGUGGUCAUAUGUGAGAGAAGAGUUUGUUCUUCUACAGCUUAUGGUUACAGGAACGUCAUGUUUUAUUAAUCUAGUUUUCGAACAAGGACUCAAAGGAAAUGCCGCCAUGGGUGCAGAUCCUGAUCGAUUAGCCUGGUACGCCAAUAAAGCUAUAGAUGGCAAUCCAUCACAGGACUACAAAUCAAACUCCUGUGCUAUAACAGAUGUUGAAGGAAACCGUAAUACUUCUAUAUGGUGGAAGGUGUGGUUACAAAAACAAUUCAACGUAGCAUAUCUUGAAAUAUAUUUCAGAUCUGACAAAUAUGCAAGAUCAGCUGGAUUUUCUGUGUACACGUAUGCCCGGCAGGAUUUUAAUCCACUGCAAGAUCCCAGCCAUCUUGUAUAUCAUCAGGAUCCCAAGUCUGGAUGUCCAACGUCUGUUAUGAAUGUAACAGUCAACAACGUAACACGAGGGAUCGCAUUUGUUAACACACGGCCACCGGAAUAUACAUCUAUCUGUCCAAAUGAUACCAUUUUGUAUACUGGGAUAGAAAUAUGUGAAGUUAAAGUCAUGGGUUGUGACUCCAUUAGAUAUUCACCCAGCUGCGAACUACUGUGUUCAGAUAAAUGUAAAAACCAUCACUGUGACGCAUUUAAUGGAUCCUGUAUUCAUGGAUGCUCUGAUCCAAACGCUCUCACAAUUGACUGCAUUGUAUGCCCUAAUGGAAAUUUCAUAUCAAACAAAUCAUGUGUAGACUGUCCUGGUCAUUGUAAAGAUGAUGCACCUUGUAAUAAGUUGACGGGGAUGUGUGAUAACGGAUGUGCUUAUCGCUGGAGUGGAACUUUCUGCGAUAUUUGCUCCGAUCACAACUACGGCAUUGACUGUAAAACUCCAUGUGGACACUGUAAAAACAAUGGUGUGUGUGACAAAGAGACUGGUUCCUGUCCUAAUGGGUGUCAGAAUCAUUGGCAGGGGGUGAGGUGUGACGAAUGCAGGGAUGGAUUUUACAGUAGUUCGUGUACUGAAGUUUGUGGUCAAUGUGUAAAUGGAUCAGCCUGUAAUAAAGAUACUGGAUAUUGUACAAAAUGCUUAAACAACUUUAUACUUCCAUUUUGCAAAGUAUGUCAAGACGGGUUCUACAAUGCUUCCUGUUCUGCUAAAUGUGGUCACUGUAUCAGAAGAGAAUUGUGUGAAAAACAUGAUGGUACUUGCAUCAGUGGCUGCAGUCAAAACUUCAAACCCCCUUUUUGUCAAGAAUGUGUUUCCUACAAAUAUGGCCCAAACUGUGGAUUUGAUUGUGGACAUUGCAAAGAUGGUAAAUCUUGUGCCGCAGAAAACGGAGUUUGCACCAAAGGUUGCGAUUCUGGAUGGAUCGGUGAUCUUUGUGUAACAGCUAAACUUAAUGCACCAGAAUUUGACAAAAAAGAAAACAAGCUAACAACAACAGGAAUAGCAAUCAUAGCAAGUCUCUCAACCAUGUUUGCUAUCAGCCUUUUUGUAAUCUUCUUCAUGGCACGACAUAUCAUGAGAAAUAAAACCAGCAGACACCGUACAGAUGCAUCUGUUCCAGAGAACGAUAAAUCUCCUCAGACGUACGUCGAUGUAUCAACUGUGGAUGAGAACCAUGCGUACUCAACGUUAGGUUCUACGGUAUCGAAUACUCCAUAUAACGUGAUCGGAGACUAA